UUCGGCAACUGCGGCUAGGUAUUCUGCAUUAAAAAAGUCGAUGGGUGAGAGGAGUUUGCCCUGCUCUGACCGUGCGGAAAGUUGAAGGCGUCGGCGAUCCAGAGGCUGCCCGCGCACACAUCGAAGUCGUGCGCGCGAAAUCCCUGCAGGAGGCUGCCUGCCCUGCCUGUGUUAAAUGUCUUUUGCGUCGUCGCUUCUGCGCGGAGGAAGUCGGUCAGCGUGCGAUGAAGGACGAAGUCGACGCGGCGGUCGCGUUUCUGGUGCGCGUCAUCGCUAGGAACUCGAGCUUGGACCGGGUGCAGCUGGACGCCUUGGGAGAGCGGCUGCGGUGUGUCCUAACCGAGAGGUUCCGCGACCACUGGUUCCCCGAGCGGCCGUCCCGGGGACAAGCGUACCGGUGCAUUCGCAUCAACGAGACGGAGCCUCGAGAGCCUGUGCUGGAGCAGGCAUCGCGCCGCUGCGGCCUCGGGUACGAUGAUCUCUGCCUGCCUGCCGAGCUGACCAUGUGGGUGGAUCCCGAGGAAGUGGGCUGCAGGUUUGGAGAGCGUCGUGGUGUGUACUAUGUGCUAGCUUCAUUCAAGGGAGGCAGGAAGGAGAACUUCGUGGACCAAAUCAACAUUGAUGAGUUGGAGCAGCGUUCUGGUGACAGGCCAAAACAGUCCCUGCCAGAAAUGGGAUCUGGACGGAAGCGAGGCGUUGGCAGCGGCAGUGCCAGGGCUUCACCGUGGGGUGUCACACCUCCCAAAGGCCCCACGACCUUCAGCCCGCCGCAGUUUCUGUCACGUGGCGGUACCCUGUGGAACCUGUCAGCUGGCCUUCCCCCAUCCACGACACCGGGCCAGAAGCCUGACAAGUACCAUUGGGUCAACAAGGCACUCGUGAAGGCUUGACGGCCCCGGUCCCUCCAUCUUUUAAAUGCCAUGAUGUUUUUAGAGCUCUUUAUGAGCCACUUUUUGGGCUCUCAGCUCAGGCCACACAAACGUCAAGCCUUGGCUAAUGCAGGACACUUUCAGUGUUUCCAACCUGCUUCGCCUUUUUCAUCCCAUAAGGCAUUUGGGACAGUAGAAAGAAAGCUGCUUCAUCCCUGACUUCGAAGUUUUGUUGUUUUGUUUUGCUGUUGUCCUUGUUUAUUCAUCAAGCCCAAAUCAAAAUUAGACAGGAAGCGCACUGCACACACGGGCACUGUAAUGAUCCUGUGUUCUUGAACCGGUGUAGCAACGAUGUGUACUUUUGUAACAUGUACUGCAGCUUCCAACCUGGUUGUCAUGUAGCCUGGUUAUUUACAUUAAAUUAUUUGUCCUUUUAAGGCCAUUGCAGUGUCAAUGUGUGCAGUUGAAUUUGCUUUCCAUAUUUUUUUUUUUUUUUCUGAUAUCGUCUGUACGCUUAGGCAGUACAAUGCAGCUAUAUUUCGCUGAGGACAUGCUGUCCGCAGCCAUAUCUUUUUCUUCUUUGCCCUGUCCUGACCUCACAUGUGAAUUUUCAAAAUAUUAAUUUCCCUCGCCAUUUAGAAACUUGCAUGCGCAUUCCUUGAAGGUAUGAAGCCAAGGAGCUGGUGUACUUAAUGUUUGCGGCUUGACAGUUGUCCAGCGUUCAGUGUGAAAUGACUUAACCAGUGUACAAGAUUUUGGCAGAAAUGCUGUAGAAGCGAUGUUGCUCUAUAUUUCCACGUUGGGAUUCUGGUCAGGGUGCUCGAUUGGUACAGAGUUGUGCCCAUAUGUAGUGUAGUGUGAUUGGCCUUUACCAUGUCCUGUCUCCUGCCUGCAUUAUCAACUAGCUGCUGUUGCAACUGAGAACAGCAUACUCUGUGCAGCAGAAGUCCGCGGGAAGAAUGCCGGAAAUAAUGGUAUUGCUCGUGACCAGAUUGGUGCUUUGUUCUAAACUUCCAUGCUGUCAUGUUGACAGCAUCAAAGCGUUCUGGAACUGCAAACAGAGGUGGGAAAUGAUUUGAGCCUAGAGUGCUAAUCCUUUAAGACAAUUGGGGGACAAUCUGCAAGUCCUUUCAAGGGCUUUUACCUGUAUUGUGCCUGGUGCUUGCCUGAUCAAUGCUUUCUUUGUGUUCUUAUGCCCGUGUGAUAUUUGCUUUCGCACCUGGUUCGCGGGUGACGAGUCGUAGUACAAGAAGCGCACAAGUGUAUCUAAACCACAUGCGUUAAGCACCCUCCUGCAUGCAACUUGCAGAUGCAACUUAAAAGGACUUUUUUGCAAUGCAAACUUGAGAGAUUCAAGCUUUUGACAACGGUUUUAAGGCUACCUCUUCAGCAUGUGGACUUUCUGACGGCAUAUUCAGCAGAAGGCAUGCCUGUGAUGCAGGAAUUUUGUGAUUCUAUACAAAGUGCUCUUGAAGCUGCUCUUACUCUGGUGCACUGCGUAUUGUCAUUUCACGCUUUUAUCCACUAUGGCGGGACCUCAAUCAUCGUCAUCCCCCCCCCCCCCCCUCCCUUUCAUUCCGUGUCAUUUCAUUGUGCAGGUUUCUUGCACAUUAUUAGUCUUGUACAAUGGCAUGGACAUCCCAGUGAACAAUGCGUACAGUAUUUGAUACCAAACUACAAAAGCUGAGAAGCAAGCAGAAGAUUUCAUGUCGCUAGUGCAUCCCCUGCAGUAGCUGCUGCCUGUGGUGUGUAUGUGCAGCUCACUGUUGCAAGUUGUUUCCUCAUUUUGCAAGAACCAUCUUGAGACUACAGAAUUGUUCAAGUAGAAGGAACGAUAUCAUCAUGUCAUUGAGUUUAUGCAAGCAUUCAAAUUGCUGACUUUUUAGUGCGAAAAUCGCAGUCGUGUUCAGGGUUUUGCUUGUACUACAAAAUGUGUUCAAUAACAUUGUUUUGUUCUUUGCAUUUUCAUACUGAAAACACUUUAGUGUUUCCCAGGAAGCCAUAUUGUGUCAUUUGGAGUGAAAGAAUGAAAUGUUUUUAGGGGCUUUUCCCUUAUUUUUUCUUUGUAAUUGCCAAAAUAAGGGAUCAACAAAUGACACCUUUUGCAGCGAGUGUAAAAGUCAUGUUUUAAAAGUGUUCGCGUGCUUCGAGCCUUGCAGCGGUGGGCCACAAAAGCCAUCAGGGAAGCUAUCCUGCAUUCUAUUAGUGUCUUUAUUUAAACUACUAGGCCAAGUAAUAUAUAUAUACACAAAUUCUACUAUUUGUAGCUGUUGUCCUGCUACUUUAUGUGGUGUUCCGGUGGUGUCUAGAAAGUUACUUUGUGAUGUGUACUGUGCUCUUUUUGCUGGAUACCCAACCUUUUAUUUGUAUUAAAGGCUGUUGAUGCUUA